GGCCUUCAGUCAUUCCCCAUCUCAAUGCAUUUCCUGCAAUCGGUGACUGCUGCCGCGCUGCGCUUCCCCGCGCGCCCCGUUGGCGUGUCUGCAAUGCUGUACCGUCGAAUGGGCUCCACCGCGGCCUCAACCGCUGCGUCGAUCGAACCGUACUCGCCCGGUCGCUUGGCCAAGCAAGUCGCAGCGCGCCAUCCGACCAAGCACACGCUGUUUGUGGCCAAGACGGUUGCCGAGAUGCGCCAGGCACGGCACGAGCUGCGCCAGGUCCAGUUCCAGCAGCAGCAGCAGGAGGGCGGAUCAAGCCCACCCGCCACCAGCCACACGACCGAGGUCGGGUUUGUCCCGACAAUGGGAUGUCUGCACCAAGGGCACCUGUCGCUGAUGCGGCAGGCCAAGAAGGACUCGCGCGCGGUCGUCGCGUCCAUCUUUGUCAAUCCGUCCCAAUUUGCCGCGAACGAGGACUUUGACAAGUAUCCGCGGCAGGACAAGGACGACCUGGCAAUGUGCGCAAAAGAAGGCGUUGACCUCGUCUUCCUGCCGGAAGUGGCGGAAAUGUACCACGGCAGCACGGGCACCGAUGCGUUCGGCAAGGUUGGCACGUUCGUCGAGGUUCGCGGCAAGUCCCAGCUGCUCGAAGGCUCGGUGCGGCCGCACUUCUUCCUGGGUGUCGCCACGGUUGUGAGCAAGCUCUUCAACAUUGUUCAGCCAACAACGGCCUUCUUCGGGCAAAAGGACGUCCAGCAGUGCGUGAUUCUCCGUCAGAUGGUCCACGACCUCUUCAUGCCGCUGAACAUUCGCGUCUGCCCGACCGUUCGUGAGAAGGAUGGUCUGGCCAUGAGCAGUCGCAACGUGUAUCUGUCCCCCGAAGAACGCGCCAUUGCGCCAAUCAUGUACCGGGGCAUGCAAGCCGCCCUCAACGAGCACUAUUUGAAACGUGGCGAGCGCAGCGCCGCUGCUCUCCGCGAGGUCGUCCGCCAGGUGAUUGCAACCGAGCCGAGUGUCACCAUUCAGUACAUUUCCAUUGCCGAUGGCAACUCUCUGCAGGAGGUGGACACGAUUGACGACAAGAACGGCGCCAUCCUUUCCGGCGCCAUCAAGGUUGGCAAGACCCGUCUGAUUGACAACAUUUUGCUGGACUUUAAGAUGUAAUUACAGCUAUCAUUUUUUUCUGUUCUUUGGUUUCCAUCGUUUGUUCAAAAAAGCAAAUGCGACCGUUCGUUUGUU